AUGCAACCCGCAAAUACUGAAAGUUGUGUGCGCAGUCACUCCAGUCCCUCUCUGAAUCGUGUUAAUCGUAAGCGACAAAGACUUGGAGUUCUUUCUAAUCCAGUAGAGCGACAAUUAUAUCAUUUAAUAAUUCAACAACUACAUCAUGAUGGGUAUCUGGCAGCUGCGUCAGCAGUUUCAGAUGCUACGGGCACUAUUGUGGCAGAUGUGAACCAGGAUGGAGAGCGGCUUAAGUGGCUAGUUGCUACGGGACUGAGUACUGAGCUGACUCAACAACGUGACAUGCAAUGCUUCGCAUUAGAGCAGGUAGUGGAGAGAUAUAUUAGUGCUGCCAAAGUCUAUACACCGCUUCAGUUAUCUCAGAGUUGGUCACUCGGCCGUCGCUGUUUUAAGAUGCAGAAUCGUUUUACGUCGGCUUCUGUUAGUAGUGUGCUUCGUGAUCUUUCUUUCUCACCUGACGGAUCUUUGGUGGCCUGCUCUGGGACUAACGGGUUAGCUGCAGUCUUUUCUUUAAUGACUAUAGAAGAUUUGACCACUUUGGAUGAUAUUAGGGCUUCUAAUAGCCUUAGAGGUCUUCACGGCAAUGGUAAGAAUACCAAUGGUGUACGCAGCACUAAUGAGGUUACAGAAAUUGCUAUGGCUAGACGGUUUCGUGACCAUGCACAGCACUCCGUUGAAGUCAUCCGUUUUCAUCCAACAUGUCCUCUGAUUUUGACCGGUGGCCGCGAUGGGGGGAUGUGCCUGCGCAGCUAUGAGUACCCCGACUCGAGUAUUCAACUCCAGAUCUACGAUAAUUUUCCCGUCCGUGGCUUUGGUUUUCAUCCGAGUGGCGAGUAUGCUGUGGUUGCUACGGACCAUCCGGUCCCGCGUCUGACCAACUUGCGCACUGGUAAGGUUCUCAGUCCACCUGGCAGCGUUAGGCACUCAGGAUUACCUGGUGCAAUGUCUACUGCUUCGGAGCGUACUAAUGAAGUAUCGGUAACACCCAUAGCAGCGACUUCACAUAGUGCAGGCCUUACAUCAGCUUCUUUUUCCCCAGAUGGCCGGACCCUUGUAACGACAAGCUUGGAUGGCUCUUGGAUAUUGUAUGAUGGUGUUAGCGGACGCGCACUUCAUAGGGCGGAGGCCGCACACAGUUCAGUUCCUGUCACAAGCGCAGCGUACAGUCGCACCGGGAACGUGCUUUUAACAGCUGGAAUGGAUUCGACUGCGCGGCUAUGGGACCUACGCCGCCUCAGCAUCAGCCAAGCGUCGAUCGUGACUUCCCCAUCAGCACGGGGUUCCGCACGGGACAGUGCUGAGUUAAUGUCCUUCGGCGAACCCGCCAAAUGCAACCAUCGAAGCAUCCAGGCUAUUUUCUCACACGACGAAAGUCACAUUCUCUGUCAAGAUAAUACUCUCUUCGUUGUGCAGGGGUACUGCGUAUAUAGCGGCGACAGCUCGUAUGCGUUGGCAACCCAACCCUCCUUUAUGCAGCGUGCACUGGCAUGUAGUCCCUUUUCUAAUAUGAUUGUGACUGGGGCUGACGACUGCAAGCUGCGCUUAUGGACUCCUUUAUGGCUUCCCUCUUAG